UUUUUAUUUUAUUUUUUAAUUGUUUUUCUUUUUUGCCCUAAUCGACUGCGAUCGAGAGGUUCCUCUCUUUAUCGUGAAGCCCCUUGCCUUUAUCUGAUAACUCAAUAAAUCAACCAUGUCCUUCCCCUUGAUCUCCCACUCGACUCGGAUCACGACUCCCUCGACUCGUUUAGCGUUUUUCUUUCAAUAGGUAUACCCGCCUCGACGUCUUAGCUCAGUAACUCGAAUUAAACGAUGGAGCCGAUGGAUAUCGUAGGGAAGUCGAAGGAGGACGCUUCGCUUCCCAAAGCAACUAUGACCAAAAUUAUAAAGGAAAUGUUACCGCCAGAUGUACGCGUUGCAAGAGAUACUCAAGAUCUUUUGAUUGAGUGCUGUGUAGAGUUUAUCAAUCUCAUUUCAUCAGAAUCCAAUGAAGUUUGUAACAGAGAGGAGAAGCGGACUAUAGCACCCGAGCAUGUACUCAAGGCUCUAGAGGUUCUUGGGUUUGGAGAAUACAUUGAGGAGGUCUACGCUGCUUAUGAGCAACACAAGAUCGAGACCAUGCAUGACUCUUUGAAAGGAGGCAAAUGGAGCAACGGAGCAGAGAUGACUGAAGAAGAAGCGGCAGCUGAGCAGCAGAGGAUGUUUGCUGAAGCACGAGCAAGAAUGAAUGGUGGGGCUGUUGUCCCGAAGCAACCCGAAUCUGACCCAAGUUUAGAGAGCUAACCAUUUAGGCUUAUUUUUCUUUCACAAUAGGUAAGCAUCCUUGAUUCUUCCAUUAGUGCUUCUUCUAAAGUUCCAAUCUUCGUAUAUUAUGUACAAAAAUGAAAAAAAAAUGCAUUGGCCCAUGUGGAUAUCUGUGAAUGCUGUCUAUAACUUAAUGCAAUUAGCAAGAGUUUGUUCGUUUCUAUCA